AUGUCUAAGACUAUUUCGGAUUUCUAUGAAUUCGGACGCACCGAGUUCACCUUCGUCGUCAAGGAUCUUGAGAGAUUGGAUAGUGCCGGAGUUAAUAGUCCACUCUAUGCAACAGGAGAUAUUGAUUGGCACCUGAAUGUGUGUGUCAACUCGAAUCCAAAAGGAAAGUUUCUCUCUGCUUUCCUCUUCUGCUCCCCUGUUGACGUGGCCAAUGCAUGGGAAACUUUUGGCCAAUUCCGUAUCGUUUUGGAGAAUAGUGAUAAACCAAAACAGUCCAUUGCUCGUCAAAUGGACUUUUCGUUCGAAUCUGAAGAAGCAGAGAAUCGUGGAUGGAAUACAUUCACAAAAAUGGAUGAAGUUCUUGAUGAGUCCAACGGAUUCCUUGAGAACGGGGAACUCACUUUCCGUGUUAUUGUUGGAGUGAAGAAAGUGGAAGGGUUCGAGACUGCAAAGUAUUUCAAUUUUCUUGAGAAAGGAGAAUACUCAGAUGGGUCUAUUUCUGUUGAAGGAUACAAGUUCUACGUGAAUAAAAUGAUUAUCUCGGUUCACUCCCCUGUCAUCUCUAAAUUGUUCGCUAAUACCGAUGACAUCAAUAUCAAGGAUGUCGAUCGUCUAGAAUUCAAUGACUUCCUUCAAUUUUUGUACGGAGUUCCAGUUCGUAUUGAAAAAUUCAAUGUCGAUAUGAUUCUCAGACUGGCUACUCGCUUCGACACCUACGGUUUGAAAGUAUCGUGUGAACAAUAUUUGAAAUAUGCGAUGAAUACCAAAAUUGUUGACCCGGAGUUCGCUAUCAAACUGGCUGAUGCUCACGGACUGAAAUCUCUUUUGACUAAUACAAUGGAUACUGCGAAGACUGCGGAUGAAUUGAAGGGACAAUUUAAGAGUUAUGAACACUUAUCAGCUGAAACUCUCAAGGAAAUGAUUAAGAAAACUCUUAAAUUUGUUUGA